AAUGUUGUUACCGGAAGUGACGUUUACGUUACUUUUACUCGUGGACUUUACUUUAUCGGCAGAUUCGGCGGCAACCAGGACCGGUUUUUAUAGUCUUGAGGGAAAUACGGAGGGUUUAGGAAAUAGGGUAUUGUGGUGACAGUUGAGGCAAAAGGACUGCGUUUGCAGGAGGGGAAAUGGGAGGACUUGGAAACGGGUCGAAUCCGCGGAUGUAAAGCGGAAGAGUGCUGUUGUUCCCGCGGGAGGGCUCAAACAGCCGCCAAAGAGGAGGAAGGAAGAAACCGCUGCAUGGAGCGCGAGGUCCACAUUAAGAAGUUGUUGUGAUCUGAAAGAAUUGUAAUAUGGCUACAGGAGACCUUAAAGGAAAUUUGCGGAGAAUAGAGCAAGGACUUCGGCUUCUAAAUUAUUCCAAAGAUGUGGAUUAUAAUGGAUUAGCAAAGGGUGAUCCAGCUGCAUUUUUGCCCAUCAUCAGCUACUGCUUCACGUCUUUCUCAGCCCACAUAAUGGAACUUCUGGUAGAACUGGAUGUGGAACUUAUGGCGAAAAAUGACUUGCGCUUUAUUGAGUCUAUUUAUAAGCUUCUCCGGGAUCAUUUUCAAUAUAAACCGGUAUUAACAAAGCAACAGUUUCUCCAGUACGGUUUUGCAGAAAGAAAAAUGCAGAUUGUUUGUGAUAUUAUUAAUAUGGUCUAUAAAAAGCACAAAGAAUUUAGUAACGUGAACAAGGUGAAAUCCCAACCAAGAAAGAAAAUCCAUGUAGUGAAACAUGAACCAGAAGCAAGCAUUUCAGAUAUUGAUUCUGUAUUUGUUGAUGCUGUGGAUUUUCAACCGAAACUUCAAAUAGAACGCCAUUCGAGUGCAAUCAAUGUUUGUUGCUCCAAAGAUGUAGUCACUGAAGUACUUCAUGAAGAGACUGAUUCUUCCAAUAUACAACAAGAACUUUUGAGGAAUUAUGAUGAUCAAAUGAAAGAACUAAAGAGCCAGCUUGCUGAACUGCAGGAAAAAGUUAAUAAACUGAAAUGGGUAGAAGAAAAAGUGUAUGUUUUGGAAGAGAAACUGCAGGGUAAAGUGAUUAUAGAUGAGAGAGACUGGAAUAAUCUGUUGAGCCGUGUCGUGCUCCUUGAAACACAGCUCAUACAGCAACCCAAAAAGAUUGACUUAUCCACAGAAUGUAAUCAUAUGAAAGAAGACAACGCGUCUGGCAUAUGUAUGACUCCAGUUUCUCCAGAUAAGGAAAAGGAGGAGCUGCCAGAGAGUCUUCACCAUUCAUCUGGAUACAGUUCACUGAUAUCUUCAGACCCAUCUCCCAAAGCCAUGGUUGUUAAUAAUCAUGAUUUAUCCAAGCUUUCAAAGGAGACAACAAUUCAGAGAAUGGAACGGAUAAGCAAAAUGAUUGAAGAAACCUCAGAGUUAUUGAAGACCUCCAACAGUACCUCCUAAAGUAUUUUGUCCUAAACUUCCAGCUAUCUGAAAGUAAUUAUGUAUAUGUGUAAAAAAAAUUUAAACCCAUUUGAAUCCAUUUGUGAUUCUUUUUGAAUCAAAAUGUUUGCCAAUGAUACAUUUUAAUAAAAAUAAAACAUUUUACAAUACCA